CCCCAGUUUGUUAAAAUAGACAUGACGGAUAUCUCUACACGUGUAGAUUCUAUUUCCGUCGCGGAAAUCCACCGGACAGAUGUUAUAUGUACCCGGAUCGUUAUACUAAAGUUUAUACAGGAACCAGACGUAGACAUGGAGACUGGACAGGUGUUGAUGUUGAUCAUCGGUACUAUUAUGACCCUCAACUUUUCACACUCGAAAUCUGUAGGAAUACCUACAGAGGCCAUGGAAAGGGCAUCACUGGAAGAAGUGAUUACAAUGCUACAUGAAGUGAUGGAACAAGAUGUGGGGGACAAUGCGCCCUUAACAGUAACAGACGAAAAGUACAUAUUCUACUACAGCUUUGUACAGAAAGAGGAAACAACGACCGGCGAUGAUUACGUACCAGUAGUUAAUAACAGACGAACAGAUGGUGCCAAGGAAGGAAUGACACUGUGGCAUCUACUGAAAAUAAGGAAAUCUAAGAGAAUCCAGGAAAAGGCUUACCCUACUACAGACAAUCCAAAUAGGAUCAAAGAAACGACGGCAACAACAAGUUCUAUGAAUUCAAUGAGGAACGACCAGCACAGGAUCGUAAAGAGGGACCCUCGAUCCACAGUGGAUGACAGAGUGGUAUGGUUAGGCACAAAACACCACACAUCAGAUUCAACAUUCAUCAUAUGGGGUCAGGUAUCCCGGAAUCCUGCCGGCUGAAAUCUGGAGAUUACGGCUGUGAGUUAAAGGAAAUAGAAAUAUAGUUUCGUCUUGGAGCCCCCAAAGUUCACUAUCAUUUCUGUUGUCCGGUUGUCUCUACACUGGGUAUAAGAGGUAACAGCUACACGUGUGUGAUACUACUCCGAAUUUUCGCCCUGUGGACUCGGCCGUGUGUUGGUAGAGUUACACGACGAUUGCAGUGGGAAUUCGUGAAGGGAAACAUCCAUAGAUGUCAUACUAGAGACUUGAUGCAGUCAUACCGGGUUAGGGGUGACGUAACAGUGUACAGCCUUAGCUUAGGGUCAUUGUUUUGUGGAUCGGUCACUUGAAACAUACAAACAUGUUCAUUUACAUUAUUUUAGGAAGUUGCUAAAGACAGAUUAAUGAGUAUUCCAGAAGUACAAAGACAUUACAAACCUGACAAUUCAUUGGAGGAUGUAUAACAUUUCGUUUUUAAUUGUUUUUACUUUUUAAUUGUUCACUUAAUUCACCAAUCUGCUGGGGAAAAAAAUUAACUAUACAUUAGUGGUAAUGAAAGUCUUCCAAUAAAUUUUCAUCUGAAAAUAAAGAUGAUACUCCAUAUCUGUGCAUCUGUCAGUCAUCGAAAGUGAAGAAGAUGAGUCAGCAGUUUGACUUUGUAUGAUGAACGUGUACAUUCCAUCAUGAUAACAUGUCUUUAGUUGGCAUACUUAGUUGUUUUUGUUGAGAGUUUAUUGUCAUCAAAUUACUAGUGUAAUUAUAAAGUUAUUUUGCCUUGAUAAGAUUAAACAUCGGUAUGGUCGUUAUAAAAAAAAUAAUUUCACAUUAAUUGAUACGUUCAAAAUAAAAUAUAUAAAAAAACAUAA